AUCAAGCGAAGAGUAAAAAAAUAACUAGGAGUGUAAUCAGUAGUGAGUACAAACACAAAAACGAGUGAUCGUUAAAUUGCAUAUUGUUGAUUUAAUUAUUUGACCAAAUAACCUUAUAGCAAUGGUGACUACGAAUGUUAGACUUCGGUCGUGUAAUUAAAGAUAUUGAUCAUGCUACAAUGAAGUUUGUCGAAUUUCAAACAACCUUUAUCGUUUUUCAAUACUUAACUUCUAUUUGUAUGACACAUUUACUUAUAAAUGUAAAAAAUCAAGGUGGCGAUAUUCUUCUUGAAACGAUAUCAUCUAAUGUUACCGAAGAUGUAAUUAUCUUGGAAUUUCAACGUUCUGAUGGUACACUUGUAACGCAACUAAUAGACUUCAAAAAUGAGGUACAAGUAAUAAAGGCAUUGGUUCUUGGUGAAGAGGAAAGAGGGCAAAAUCAAUAUCAAGUUAUGUGCUUUGUAAAUCAUUUUUAUAAAGUUGAUUUUAUAUCCUCUGAUGCUAUGUCUAAGCUACGCCAAAAGAACCCAGGCACUGUCCGUGUUGCAGAAGAAGAUAAAGGUCAUGCCAAUUAUACUAUGGACUUGUUUUUGGAUAUCUCUCAAUCUAAGGAUAUUUCUAAACAUGUAGCUAGUCUUUGUAGCGAAGCAGCUGGUUCAGCUUAUACAAGAAACGAAGACAUCAAACAAUGGAUUCAAAGGCCAGGUUCUGUAGAGAUGUCAUUAAUGACAGCAGUCUAUAAUUUUACAUCUUCUCCUUUGUCGAAUGCUGUAGAGACAAGGUCACCAUUUGUCUCUAAAUGCGCUGAUACAUCCAAUUUAUGGGUACCUUGUACAUGUUCUCUAGAACUUUGUAUCGGUUGGUAUCCGUGUGGAUUGAAAUUUUGUAAAGGUAAAACUGAAGGUAGAAAAGUACCUAGCACUUAUAGAUGUGGUAUAAAAACUUGUAAAAAAUGUUUUAUAUUUACUUAUUACUCGAAAAUGAAGCAAAAUUGUUUAUGGGAUGAAUGACAUAUAAGAACGCUAUUAGACGUGGAUUCAACAUGAUUUAAUACAUAAUGACACAUUUAAAUGCAUUUUGUGUUUCGUAUACAACUAUGAUAAUUCCUAUUGAAUGAACAAUAUUCGUUGUUCACUCUCAAUUAUACAUUUUUUCAAGAAUUGUUUAGUAUGUUUAACAAUGAAAUGGGCUUUAAUUAAUUAUUUCUACAUAAAUUUUAUUUUUAUUGGCGUUAGUUACACUUCAAAAAAAUAUAUCUUUAAUGUUAACUUUUGGAUAAAAAGUUAUGGCACAUUAUUUUUGUAUAAUUUAAAGUUGUACUAAUUGCAGGGAAACUAGUUUAAUUAGCAACACUUAGAUCUCAAAUGCACAAACUAUUAAACAUAUGGCUCUUUUUUUAUAUAUAUGUAUGUAUAUUUUUGAAUGGAUAUAUUUGUAAUAUAGACAAAAAAAAAAAGAAACCAUAUUUAUCCAGGAUAUAUGAGGUAGGAUAAAUUUACCUCACCUACAGACAUUCCGAGUUUCUAACGUUCCAUUCCAUGCUCAUUUAUAAUAUAACACAUUAAAUUUCUCUUUUCAUGUGCACCAGUCUUCUUUACUAUUCAUUUACUGUAUCAAUCUGUAUCAGUUAAUAAAAGUAUAACAUUCCUAAAAUGCUUCGACUUAAGGAGCUAUGGUUUUAUCAAUCUAUAUGUUUUAUAGAAUAUGUCUAUAUGAUAUAUUACAAAUGAUUCAUUCAAAUUUAUACAUAUAAUGUGUUUCGAUAAUAUAUGUAUACGAGAAAAGAUUAAACUGCUACAAGUUGUAAGUCUUUGAAGACACUUUUGUACAUAACAUGGUAAAGCUGCCAUUUUUAUAUUAAAUAAUAUAUUGAGGGUACACUUUCAUUUCUUAUUGUAUAUAGUAUAAUAAUAAUAUAUUGAAAAUUGAAUAAGGAUCAAAAAUGUGUAUGAAAAUAUU